AUAUAACGUUGUUUAUGUCUGUGCAAGUCACACGUCACUCGAGUACUUGUAAGAUUCUUUAACGCUGGAUAAUAACGAGAAGAAAUUUACAACGUCGGUCCUGUAUUGCCUUUCAGAUUUGACCUUGAAAACGGAAGCGCCCUGUAAUGGUGGCCGUUGGUACGGUGGAAAAAAAAAACUUCACCUAAUUCAAAAGUUGCCUCUAUAUGAAAUUUUGUUCAAACUGAGACUGUAGUAGUGAUUACCAUAUGACCCCCAGACACACAGUCGCAAAGUGAUAUCCCUAAAUAUAAGUAUUUAGUAUAUCCUCUGACGUAAAUGUUGACAUGACUACCCAAAAUGGUCAUGAAUUAGGAUAAAACAAACUUUAAAACUAUAUUCAAAUAGAUAAUGUUUAAAGGUUGACGCACAACACAGGUAUUUAAUCAUAGGACUAGAUGGAAGGUCGAAAAACCAGGGACGCCAUCUUGGAUUUUCAGUGGCCCUGGUAAUCGGAAAUGGACCCAUUCCUCAGAGCCCAGAUUAUACUAUUGUGUGACCUCUGUAAAACUGCACACCUACAGAGUCACUGUGAACGUUGUGAUAUAAAUCUAUGCCAGACCUGUGUUGGGAAGCACCUCUCGGAUUCGUCUAUAAGACACAAAGUCGUGCCCUAUAAACACAGAAAGUCUUUUAACUACUCAAAAUGCCCGGACCACGCCGACGAACUCUGUAAAAAUUACUGUGAGAAAUGUGACGUUCCUGUCUGUUUAACCUGUGCCUCUUCAAGUAAACAUGAAGGUCACGAUAUAUCAGAUAUUCUGGAAAAACGCAGCUCUAAAACAGGAAGUUUACAAACAGAUUUGGAAGAGUUUGAGUCUAGAAUUUAUCCCCGAUAUGAAGAAAUGGCGUCCGAUGUCCAAACUGAAAAAAUCGAGUUAGAAACGAAUUACGGGAAACUGACCACAGCUGCUGACCAACAAGGAGAAGUCUUACACGGAGAGAUCACCGCCAUUGUCAACCGACGGAAAUCCGACAUUCAGGAGAUGAAAAACAAACACCUAUCUAUCCUGAAUAAAAAUACAGAUGAAAUCACACAAAAAAUUACUGAACUCAAACAAAUCAUUUCCGACUUGAAAUCAAUACUAAAAUCAAAUGACGUCUCCUUAACCUCUACUUACAAAUCUAGGAAUCCCGAAUUUAGAACAUUACCACCUAAAGUCCGAGUUACAUUACCAAGUUUUUCUGCUCAGAAAAUGAACAAAGAUCAGCUCAAUGAAAUGUUUGGUUCUCUGUCGCAGUUAUCCAUUAACUCAGAACAUGACGACACAAUGAAGUCAGCAGAAGCUGUAUCGUCUCCUCCAGUCCAACCACUGCUUGAUGAGGCGCGCGUCACCGACACCAUAGACACUGGAUAUAAAACACUAUACAGUGUUAGCUGUCUGAGUGAAUAUCAAGUCUGGGCACGCGGUAAUAACGACAUCAUGAAGCUCAUCAACCACCAGAGUAAACCACUGACAUUAAUACCAACUAAGUCAGGGAACUGGCCAUCAGACAUAACGGUGACACGGGACGGAGAUCUUGUUUAUACUGACCCUGGUAACAAGACUAUAAACCUAGUGAAGAAUAAAGAGAUACAGACCUCGAUCAUACUACAUGGGUGGGAAUCUCGCAACGUAUGCAGUACCGCCUCUAACGAUCUCCUGGUUACCAUGAUCAGUGAUGAUUACAAACAAUCCAAAGUUGUGCGUUACUCUGGUUCCACAGAUACACAAACUAUUCAGUUCGAUGAUCAGGGUCGUCCUCUCUAUUCAUCUGAUUAUAGCUAUAAAUACAUCAGUGAGAAUAAGAACCUGGAUAUUUGUGUGGCUGAUUAUACAGCUAGAGCAGUAGUGGUGGUCAAUCAGUCAGGGAAACUCCGAUUUAGAUACACUGGUCAUCCCUCUAAUACCGAGGACUCAUUUGAUCCAGUCGGUAUCACUACAGACAGUCAGAGUCACAUCCUGACAGCAGACCAUAACAAUAACCGUAUCCACAUUCUAGAUCAGGAUGGGCAGUUCCUCCGUUACAUUUCUAAUUUACGCGCUCCAUUCGGUUUAUGUGUUGACAUCAGGGACAACCUCUUUGUGGCUGAGUGUUACACUGCUAAAGUGAAGAAAAUCCAAUAUCUCUAAACACAGUGUUAAUUACACAUCUACACACAAUGUUAAUUACAUAUCUCAACACAGUGUUAUAACAGAUUUAACACCAUCAUUUUCAUAUUUAAACACACUAUUAUUUACAGCAGUGUGUUAAUUACAUCUGCUUGUUAAUUUCAACCCAGUGUAUAUAACAGUUAUGUGCAGGUGACAGUCCUGUGUGCAUUACAGCCCUGUGUACAUUACAGCCGUGUGUACAUUACAGCCCUGUGUACAUUACAACCCUGUGUUGAUUACAGUCCUGUGUUAAUAACAGUCCUGUGUACAUUACGGUCCUGUGUACAUUACAACCCUGUGUUAAUUACAGGCCUGUGUUAAUAACAGUCCUGUGUACAUUACAGACCUGUGUACAUUACAGCCCUGUGUACAUUACAGAUAUUUGUUAAUUACAGCUCUGUGUUUGUGACGUGUAACAUGUACUUGUGUGUGUGUGUGUUUAACUGAUGGAACAUUAUUCUCUCACUGCUGUUUAGUAAUUAUGUAGUGAAAAUAAAUACUAUUUUAGAUCG